AAGACAAAUAUCUUCAGUGCCAUUUGAGUCUCUCUAGCAACUGCCGUCCCCUGCCAUUCUUCGAAAUGGUCUAAUAAUCUAACGCCCCAUCAUUCCAUUUUUCUCUUCGUUAGAUUUUAAGGGUUUAAACUUUAAACCUUGUAUCCUGCCCUGAUUCCUUCUCUGUGAUACGAAUCUGAAGUGAAGUGCUUCUUUCUCUACACCAAGGUACCAGUUUUGUGGCUGUUGCUUCUGAAGGCUUGAGGCUACUAGUGUUGUUCUGUAAAUCUGUAAACGACGUAAAAAAUGGCCAUGGCUCUCUCCAGGAAGAUUAUAAAGUCACUUGGAUCUUCUUCGUCAUCUUUUUUGUCUUGCUUUGAAUCCUCCUCUAAAUCUUCAUUCCAAUCUUCUUGCGGCAUGGCUCUCAAAGAAUCUGCUUUUGAUUCUUCACAAAUUUGCAAGGGAAUGAUUUCCUCUUUUAUCGCGAAUAGAAGGUUUUCUACUACCAUUUCGACUCCUCAAUCAUGUGAGGCUCCUAUUCCAGCUCAGUUGUUGACCAGUAAAUCUGUGUUGACCUCAGAUCACAAACAAGGAUUGUACCAGGACUGUUUAUUUCCAGUGACAAAUUUCCACAACGAAGAGAAGGGCUUCAUGCGUCUGGCUGGUGAUGUUUUCGAUGUCCCAAUCAGGAAAGAUAUUGUUCAUCGUGUUGUGAAAUGGCAGCUUGCGAAUAGAAGACAGGGUACACAUUCAACAAAAACUAUUAGUGAAGUUAGUGGCACAGGGAGAAAACCAUGGCCACAAAAGGGAACUGGGCGAGCAAGACAUGGGUCAUUACGUGGUCCACAGUUUAGACAUGGUGCUACUAUGCAUGGCCCCAAGCCACGAAGUUAUGCAAUGAAACUCCAAAAGAAAGUUAGGCGUCUUGGGCUGAAAUGUGCCUUGUCAGCUCGUAUGGCCGAAGGCAAGCUACUGGUAUUUGAUGAUCUGGAAAUUCCUACCCACAAAACUAAGCACAUUGUUAAUUGCGUCCAGCAAAUGGAGAACAGCCAAAAAGUUCUAAUUGUUGAUGGAGGUCCCAUAGAUGAGAAGCUCAAGUUGGCUACUCAGAAUCUUCACUAUGUCAAUGUACUCCCGUCCAUUGGUCUUAAUGUGUACAGCAUUUUGCAACAUGAUACUCUAGUGAUGUCGCGUGAUGCUGUUGAUAGAAUUGUAGAGAGAAUGCACACACCAAUCAACCGAUAAUGAUGCAUUCUGCUUUAUGCCAAUUCCGGUUCCUAAGUACUACUUUUUGGAAAUUGUUUUCACGUCCAUCGUGAUAGCUAAAGGGGCGCAAAUAUGUUUUUUGCUCAGUAUUUAAAGAAGAUUCUCUUCUUGUUUAAUUUUUCAAUGUAUGUAGGCGUAGGCUUAGAUGGAGAACAGCCCAGUGUAGAUGGAGAUCAUAACAUCAUAAAAACCUAUAUGUUUAACUAAUCCUAUUAUAAAGUAGGUCAGUCUUUUUGUAAUUCAGGGUAUUAAACAAAUAAAAUUCUGUGGAAAGUAACUUUUUAAACAUUA